AUGCUGAUCUCUCGAUUCACGAAUUGGCCACAUUGGAGUGUUCUAUCGAGGAUUGGCCACAUGGAAGCGGUUCAAGUUGAGGAUGAGCAUUCGGCUAACACUAUACAUGGAGCGAAAGCGCCAGUAACUAUGCCAGAACAGGGUUUAUCUUACAUUACGAAGCCUGAGGGCGAAAUGGAUAUGUUAAUUGGGUUUUUCUUGAUGAAUGGCGUUUGUAUAGUAUUUUUUCUUCUCUUUGGUAUGUGUGUUAUAUUCUCUUGUAUGCGACGACGACCGAAGUUAUUCCGAGCUUCACCUCCAGAAAAUGCUCCACUUGCUCCAACGGUGAAGCCAAAAACUUCACCUGGUUUCAAAAGUCUUGUCAAUAAAGCUAUGAAAUCGCCAAAUCUUGCUCGAUUAAGAGCUGCAAACGAAGUUCCGUCGUCAAAACGAGAGACAACUGUAUCAGCGGAAGGCAAUCAGAUAGAAGUGCAUGUUACUGACGACAAGUCGCCAGAUCGUUCUUCCAUGGGUCAGAACGCUAAACGAAAACCUGUUACUCAAGCUAUUGUUGUUGAUGAGACGCAUUUUCCAAGAGAAGAACGGAAAUCAGUUAUUCGUGAAAAUCUUCUGGGACCAUUGAGCUUUGAUGACUUAUAUUACACUUAA